ACUGACGUUGCAGUGGUGCAGUGCUGCUGUACGCACAACAAUGAACGUCAGCUUGGUAACAGCUUUACUCUGCACCUUCAGCUGGAUCUCUGCCUCAGUUUCUGAGUUUCACACUGUGGAGGUCCAGUCUGGUGAAGAAGUCACACUGCUGUGUACCAACUUUUCUGCUAUAGUCUCUCACAUAUCCUGGUUCAGGCUGGGCAACGAGCCCAGCGCCAGCUGCAUCUCCUCCAUGUUCAGCUCUGAUUCCUCUGCUUCGUUCUGUGAUGGAUUUUGCAAUGAAAGAUUUAACAUGACAUCCAACACCACUACCAUCUUCCUGAAGAUCAAACAUGUGGAUUUAUCUGACUCUGGACUCUAUUUGUGUGGCUUUCGCAGAAAUAGUAACCCCAGAGAACUCCCAGUAUUUUACAGUGCAACAUAUUUAAAGGUUCAUGAAGAGUCUGAUGAACUAACAAAUCCGACGAGUGUGAUCCUGGGAGGUCUAAUUAUUUUCCUCAUUAUAGUUGUCAUUGUUCUGGUUUUCAAAAUCAGGAAACGCCACACAGCACAUAAAGGGGGGCAGAAUCCACAACCCAGUGAGAAUGUGGGCACAGAGGACCUGAACUACGUGGCUCUAAGUUUCCAUCCAAAACCAAAAAGAAACCUUAAGACUGCAUCAGAGAGAGAGCUGGAGCCAAAUGUUGUGUACGCUGCCACCAGAUAGACUCAGGAGUAUAACUGAUGCUUUGUCAU